ACAGAACCUUGAUCACUUCGAAAGUUAUACAAAGCACAAAAAGUUCAUAAAAGAUGGUUGCACUAAAAUGUACCUUUGUGGGUUUUUUGGUCCUCCUAUGCUUAAGCUUAAGCAAUGCCAGGGUACUUGAGGACACCGAUAGUUACAAAAUACCCAAAGGCCAUCCUUAUAGUAAAACAUUUGGAGGAGAACAUAAUGCUUGGGGGUUGGUACCGACGUUAGCUUUGAUAGUGGCAGUGACUCUAGUGGUCAGGGAUUAGGAAUUGGCAUUGGCUUUAGCAGUGGUAGUGGCAGCUUUGGUCAGCGAGUAGGAACUGGCUAUGGCUUUGAUGGUCAAGAGUUUGGAGUUGGCUAUGGCUCUGGUAGUGGUAGCGGUAGCAGUUCUAGUGGCCAGGGAAUAGGAAUUGGCUAUGGUUCUGGUGGUCAGGGGUUUGGAGUUGGCUAUGGCUCUGGUGGUGGCAGCGGUUUUGGUGGUCAAGGAAUAGAAACUGGUUAUGGCUUUGGUGGUCAGGGGUUUUGGAACUGGCAUUGGCUUUGGUAGCAGUAGCGGUAGUGGUUUUGGUGGUCAAGGAGUAGGAACUGCCUAUGGCUAUGGCAAUGGUGGUGGUGGUGAUCGGGGGGGAGGAGUUGGUGUUGGCUUUGGUAGUGGUUUUGGUGGUCAAGGAGUAGGAAGUGGCUAUGGUUAUGGUGGACAAGGGAUAGGAGCUGGUUGGGGGACCGGCAUUGGGUCUGGAGGAGGUAGUCAAUUUGGAUCAGAAUUUGGUGCUGGAGGGGGUUAUGGCGCAGGAGGUGGAGCUAGUUUUGGUUCAAGUAUUGGGGUUGGAUUCGGGCAUAAACUUAAUAGUAACAUGAAAAAUCAAGGUUUUGGAGCUUGUCCUCCUAACUGGGGUACUCCACCUGAUUGCGGUAGCUUUCAACCUCCUGCAUCUAGAUGCGGUGGCUGUCAAACCCCUAUUUUUGGACCAUGUUGUCAACCUUCUCCAUGUCAAUGCAACAAUCCUCCGGGUAUAGGGAUGCCGCAAGGGCAUGGAAGUUAUGCUGCACAAGAAGCCCAUGAGCCUGAAAAGAGCAAGGAAGAUGCUGAACCUAUCCCACCAAACUCGUCACCUGAGCAAGACAAUGAAGCCCACCACUAGUCCGCAACUAACGGGCCUAAACAAGAAUUUCAGGACCAGGACAAAUCUCAACUUGUAAUUCAGAUAAUACUUUGGAAUAAAAGCUUCCUACUCGCUUCCUGAAAAGACAUUUGUAUGAUCCAAUGAUAUGGUAUACGUAUCAUUAUAUUCCAAAAUCCAAAAGGUUUUGAAGUGGCAGGAUCUACCAACCUUCCCUGACCCCAGAGUUUGCGGUUCCCACGAUCCGUUUUACAUGAGUAUAAAACAAUAUUGAAAAAGCGUUCAAAUCAAGGUGGUCAUGGCUGAGGUUUCUCGGGUCACCACUAGCGAUGAUAGAGGGAACAAUAUUAGUAAUUGUUCAGAUGGCUCAAGGAGAUCUAGAAUUUCUUCUGUUUGGAUCUAACAGGAAUAAUCGGCUAAGAAUUUUAACAAUUUUAUGCAGCGUUAGUCACAUUUUCUUUCUAGGUUUGUGUUUUAACUGCCUUUAUUUUGCUCCACUACGCGAGGGAUGCUUAAUGAUAAAAAGCAGAGAAACUAGAACCAGACAUCAUCACAAUUAGUAAGUGUACAUUCUUUAAGUUCCACGAAUCAGUUACAUCAAAAGCUCGUGUAUUGAUAUCUACUUAAUCAUGUCACAACUUGUAUUCUCUAGUAUUCUAUGAACUUCUACCAUUCAUCUGUAUUUCGGAAAGAACAUCGGAUGAUGC